AUGAGAACCGACAGUUCCUUCUCCCCGUUUACGUUACUGAAACCCAUAACAACACCCCAACUGACCCCAUCUAUCCAGAACUUAUCGGACCCUUUAGAGGCUAGUCAGCGGAUUUUAGCUGUGGCUGCCUCUCAUCGACAAUUGUUUCAUGGGAACCCAGGAGGGAGAGAGAGAUUGGGUAGAUGUGGCAAAUGAGUUGCUCAGCAAGUGUCACUUAAACCUGAGGCUCAGGAAACUCACUGACUGUGAUGCAAGCGCUUUCGUUGCUCUGUACGAGAACAUCUUGGGGGAAAAAGUUCCAGAUUAUAUAGCAGCUCCAUGCAGUCAAGAGGAUGAUGUCCAUAAUGUUCAGUCUGUGAUUGAUUCCCUUUCCUUGGAUUACCUUCAAAUCAGUCUUUCACAUAUUACAGGAGAAAAUGUCGUCAGAGGGGACAGAGAGUCCAUCAAGAAUCUCUUGGAAAUCUUUGACGGUCUCUUGGAAUACCUUAAGGAGGAGAUCAGUGAGGAAUCACAAAAUGGUGAGGAACUAAACCACAGUGUUACUGAGGAUGCAACCAGUGAAACCAAGGAACCACCAAGCGCUGAUGCCACAGAGCAUAAAGAGACUGAAAAAGAGUGGGCACAAUCGUCUUCUAGUGAAGAGUCUACUGUCCAUUCCAGUAAACAUUCCCUCCACUCCUGGAUCGCUGAUGAGAAGGGGUCAUCUAGUGAGCUCAUUGGACUGGGAGUUUCUGCACGUACAUUCACAGCCAAACAAGAAGAUGCAGCCCACACCUCCGGCCUUCCUGAGCCCUCUGAUGCUCUACCGACUGAACCAGUGCACUCAGCUGUCGCUCUGCAGCCCCCCAACCAGAGUAACACACUACAAAGACCUUUCGCAGACCCACCCUCCUCCAGACAAUCCCCCACAGCUGCCGUCAUCAGCCAAGAUCACGAGGGAGAGGAUGCUGCUCCUGUCACAGCAGAGACUUCUGUGCACGUAGCUGAGACUGUUUUGACAAAUGGACCACGGUCUCCCCCACUUUUCCAUCCUCCUGCUGUGAGUGAGAGGUCUCUGCCUGAUCUUCAAAGAGUCGAGGCGGAAACAGAAGCAGAGGCACUCGAGCCAACAAACGGCGGUCCCAGGAGGGUUUUAUUUCGCACCCAGCCAGAUGUGCUCUUCCUUACCCUGCAGGAUGAGAUGGCGGCCACAACACCUUCUCCUCCAGACACUGAAGAAGAGGAUAGGGAGGAUAUGAGCCUCUCGCAACAGGACAGAGGGAUAGGUCCCAAAGAGCGGAUUGACAACUGCAGGUUGGAGGAGGAAGAAUUUGAGGAUGCUCUGUCAUAUCGCAGACAAAGGAACAGGAAAGCAGAGGAGGAGCUACAUCUCAUUUCUGAGAAUCUCUCCCAUCGACUUGAGGAACUCGAUGAGAUGCUAAAACGAGUUCUGAAUGAAACUGGAGAGUUCAGUGAAGUCACAGAAGAAGACAAGCAGUCCCACCACGAUGACAGUGUAAUGGAGUGUCAGCAAACAGUUUUAGGAACUUCUGAGCCUGAACUCAGCCACCAGAUUUGCUCCUUAACCCCCUCCCCUCCACCGGACUGUCGCUCGCCAUCGUCACAGAGACAGUUGGAAGAAGCUAUGGCAGAGGCCUUGAGUCUGGAUGAUGGGAGACAGACCAACCUCAGAGUGUCAGAUCACACAAGACGAAGAGAGCCACACCACAGACAGUCUCACAGAAAACACAUUAAGAGUAAGGCCUACGAGGAGGAGCUGAAAAGAUAUAAAGACAAAGAACGGGCAGAUCUGGACAAUGCACGCCUCAGAGCCCGAGAAGCUGAGCGACGGUACAGAGAAGCCAUACUAAGUGAUGUUUCCCAAGCCUCCAAACAGUCUACAGUUAGAGCCAAGACUCAGCACAGGUCCCAACAUAUCACUCAAACCUCAUCGGGACGGAGACGGCACGAGGAAUCAAGGAAAGCAACGUCAGUGAAGGUGAAGGAGAACGAGCUCCUCCCCGUUCUCCUGGAGGAGUUACCUUAUCUCCACAUCAGUCCACAUGCCCUGGGUCGGAUGUGGGAGCAGCAGAUGCAACAGGUGGACAGACUCCACGCCCUGUCAGCCUCUCGUGGCCAGCGUCGAAGCAAACUUUCCAGCCAGAUGGAGGAAGCUCAGCGAAAACAUGACCUGCUGGUGGAGCUAAUCCGCAAAGAACAGGAACACAACAAGCGCCUGAGGGAUUUUAAAGAGCGUAUUCAGCAGCAGAAGUCGACCCAGAACAGACUGAGGGAACAGAGGCAGCAGAUAGCACGUGCCAAAAAAUACCACAAUGACUACCACAUCCAGCACCGAGCCCGCCUGAUGAGGGCUCGCACUAAGGAGGAGAGGAUGUUUCGUCAGCUGUUUGAGGAGGGAUUGGAGCUGCAGAAGGUCAGGUUGAGAGAACAGAGAGCUUACGCCAAGGAGCAGCGCCUCGAGAAUCAGAGACGACACCAGGACCACAUCACAUCUUUGGAAAACUACUACAAAGACCAAUUUUCAUUAUUGGCUGAAAAACUUGCACAGGAGCGGCAGGACAUCCAGGUUCGAAAAAAAGCUCAGGAAAAGGCUCUGCUGAAGAUGAAGCGAGAGCUGCGUUCCAGGAUGGAGCGUGAGAUCGGUGAACUGCAGAAGAUCAUCGUUCAGAAUGAUGAGGACGAUCAUUUCCAGGAUCUGGAGGUCCAGAGACUGCGCAAUCAGGUCCAUUUGGCUUCCUUCCAAUUCAACACUAGCUAUCUGCACUGAGCUGCAGAGAAGGACUGAGGGCUGAUUUCAGCUCCACUCAAUCAAAGCUGGAUUCACAUUAGAGCAACAUGCUUUAACAGACUCACAACAAAGGGUACGAUAAUCUGAUGUCUGAACAGUACUGUCUCUUCUGAUUCUUCUAAAGAUUUGCACAGGAAGAGAAAAUUCACUUUAACUUAACCAAACUUUUUUGUUUUAAUGAAUUAACUGAACACAUUUGGACGAGAUGUAGCUUAUUUAACUCUGUUUCACCUCAGCUGCUAUACCUUAAUGACACCUUGGACCUGGUCCUCUUCUUUCAUGUGUUUUAGUCCUUUAUACAGAUGUGUUUGAAUGAUUCCCUUUCUCUACAGUCUGUGUGCUGAUGAUGUAGCAGACAGCGACUAAACUGUUCUUCUUUUUGCCAAAUAGGGACCACAGAUGCAAAGUUAUGAAGUAUGAAUGUUGUAUACUGAUUGAGAUUUUUACCUCUCUUUUUACUUUUUAUGUACUGUCAUCCUAAAUGUUUUAACCAUGCCAUUGGAUUAUUUAUUUUUUAACUUGUCUUAACUUGUCUUUUUUUUUUCUUUUUUUUUUUUUUACUUAACCCUAUGUUGAGCUGUCAGAUCACUGUGGCGAUGAUAAUCACUGUGUCAUGACUUUUCCUUUCCUCAGCUCUGUUGACUGAUUUUUCACUCUCAGCCAGAACCUUAAACAUGUCCCAGCAUUGUGAAUUGUAUUUAUUGAGCACAAAAAUCUUAUUGUCAUCUAUUAAAUUUUCCAUUUGUCCUCUCUGGCUAAAAAGGUCAAAGCUGAAAGCGUCUUACCUUUCUUAAGCUUCCUGUUUAAUGAUGAUCCUAACUCACAUGGCCAAAGUGCAAAAGGGUAAACAAAAAAUGGGAUGUAAUGAUUUAAUCUUUUAACAACAGUCUGCUAAGUAAUUAAGAAAUAUCCUAAUUUAUCAUGCUCGCUUGCAUCGGUUAAACAUCAGUUGCAGAUGAUUAUCUGUUGUGUACCAAAAAUUAUAUGCUACAUGAGAGAAAAUGUGGCAGUGUUAUGCCAAAAGAAGUAAUGAAAAACAUCAGCCAUAGGCUUAUUUGUUCUUUGAAACAUCUGUAUUGGUGUCUGCCCAGAUUUUUACAAUCAGUGCUCCUCUAGUUUUAGUUUGUGUAGAAUAAACUCUGAGCCCCAUUAUCUCAUAUUUACCAACACCAGCAGAAAACACAGUGUCCCAAAUCACUGAGCAAUGUCGCUCAGUGGUCCAAAGUCCCGUUUUCAGAUUAAAGUAAUUGUAUCAUUUUAUGGAAAUCAAGAUCCCAACGUCUGGAGAGGCUCAGAAUCCUAGGUGCUUGAAGUCCAGAGUGCUUCUCAUGGCAUAACUGCACAUCCUUGUGUCCUGAAAACAUUCUCCCUCUGCUGUGGAGGAGGUGAGGACCAAGGAGAGAAGAGGCUUCUGGAUGGAGCAGAAGUCUUUUUAUCCAAGAUGUGAC